GAACAAGACAAAAAACGAGUUGCAAAACCAAAACAUGAGGAAUCUCCUUCAUUAGAUGACCUUGAAUUAGAAAAUAAGUCUCUGACGGUUGAGAGAUAUUUCUAUCAUUUAAGAAAUAAUUAUAAAAACUCAAAACAUCAGACACCUAUUGUUGAGGUAAAGAAAGUCAAGAAGGAAGCUGGACCUGAGUUAACUUCCACUGGGGAAACAAUACGUCAAAGCCUCGAUACUGAAUAUGGAGACCAAAUAUCAUUACACUACUUUGAAUCAUUCCAGACUCUGCAAAAUGAAAGUUGCGAGGAUUUUGGUUCGGAAUUUGUUUCUUGUUAUCCAAGUGAGAUUUCAGUCUUCAAAAAUAGAUCGAGCUUUAGUUCAAUGAGUAACAUCAGAAACCAAACAAAAAGUUUGCCAAUAUUUUCUACGAAGGAUAAGAAAUUAAAGAUAAAUAAAUCAGAACCAAGCAGACGUCCUAGAGCUAUGGAUGAAAAAGAUUUUGAAACAUUUGCUAAAGAACGUUUGAGAAUGCCGAGUACAGUGUUCGUCACCCCGUAUCCUCUUCAUAUCAUGUAUCGAAAGUUACGGAAAUCAGCCACCCAUUCCAGUCACGUAGACUUUGGAUUCUACCAUCCAUUGAUUCUUCCUGAAAAUGGAACGGCUGUCAACUCAAGAGUUAAUUCUUAUCAUAUCUUUCAAAAUACUUUAUACAGUGAAAAAUACGGACCAGACUUAGACUUGAGGUCUGUUCAUCCUAACGACUAUCAGCUAGAUUCCACACUCAGUCACCAGUUCCAAGAAUUAUUAUGCAUGUUAAUUAAUGAAUAUGUUUCUAGAGAAAGUUGGGUAGAGUGUUAUUACUGCCCAUCUAAAACAAUUCCACAGGUUACUAGGUAUAUAGUAGACUUACCACAAUACAGACUCUUUAUAGAACCGUUAUUUUUCAAUGCAAAUUCCAAAAUUUCUCAUUUUUUAUCAGAAUAUUACAAAAUUGUACAAAAUCCUUUUUGA